CUCGGGGGAUCCAUCAUGUCGUCGGCGAAGCUAGGUCUGAGGGCCCGGGGAGUGCUCUCCAUGCGGGUGACAGGUCCUGCGAGGAUAACAGCGGCUUCCUUUACCACGUCUCAGUGCAGGACAGGGGCAGGUGCGUACCGAGCUCACUUGGAAAGCUUCGGUGGGCGAAUAUCGGAACAGCCGUCGCCCUCGGCGCAACAAAUGGGGCCCCGGAGAGAUAUGAAGGACGUGGCCAACUUAGCCUUAUCGGUGCUCCUUCCUGCGACCUUUGUGCUUCCCCCGUUCUCCGAAUUCCCCCCAGGCUUGAAGCAAAAGCUCAAGAUGCUCUACACCUGGGCUAUCUACAAGAUACAAGAGACAGCCACCAACCUCGCGAUAAAGAUCGCCUCCAAACCCUCCAUUUUCAGGAGAGCCCUCCUCAAGACCAACAGGUCAUCCGACAUCCUCACCGCGAAAGCUCUCCACCGUACCCUGGCCGAGGCGCUCGCCGCCGGCGACAAGAACACCAUCGCCAGGAUCUGCCCAAGGAAGUUCUCCGCGCCUCUGCUCACGAGUAUUGACGCCCGCCCUCGGACGCGCCGCUACGGCUGGGAACUGGUCACCUACACAAAGACGGCGUAUUACCCGACUAUCAAGGCCCAGAGGCUGGCCCCGCUCUUGCCCACCAAGGGCUCUCCGAUUCUCAGGCAGGUGGUGGUUGCCAUUUCGAGCCGGCAGCGCCGUGUUGUCUACGACGCCCAAGGCCAGGUGGUGCCGGGGAGCGAAAAGGAGAUGGACGUCAUCGAGAACGUGGCCAUUGGGUGCAUCAUAGAUGGGCAUACGUAUAAGCAGGGUGAUUGGCGCAUUCUCGGCAGCGUCAAGCCCUCGACGCUCGAGGGUCACCAGCGCGAGAAAAGGUUUGCGGAGCGGUCGAAUGCGCGUCAACAGUAGUAAAGGAGGCUGGCAUAGCUGGUGUGAUCCAUGUACAACACUCUGUAAAACAGUUUGAUACACUAGAUGCUGCGUUGGCGGCAGGGCAGCCGUGGCUUGGAGUUGAUGAACAAGGCCUCCUUGUCGACCCGGUGCCUUGGAUUUGUAAUCUCACACUCGAUGUAUGAC